CGCGCCGUCACACAGAGAGACUGCGCUCGCGGACGUCUUCUUUGGACUUUCCCAUUUAAAAUAAUUAAAUACAAAUAUAUAUGUAUAUAUCUCCAGUCGUCUCGAGCGAAUUUAAGGCGUCAGCAAUUACCCGAGGAAGAGCAAGUGGCCGCGAAUUUAGUUUUUUUCUUUUCUUUUUCUCUUUGGCCAACUGAAUGAGCGCGUCCAUCCCCGGCUGUCCCCGCGGCGUGUAAAGUAAAGGCUACUUCUUCCUGGGUCCAGUUUGUGAGGAACAGUGGGUGGAGGUUUUCACCGGAGAGAGACACCCUCCGCUGCUGACAGGAGAACUCCUCAAAGUCGUUACCAAUGGAGCCCCGGCUGACAGCCACUCUGAGGGCGGUGUUCGUCUUCAUCAUCUUCCUCUCUACAGGCUCAGGUGAAAAUGACACCGUUGGCUUUUGUGGGAUCUGGCGCCACGGCACAGGCUCCCUGAGCCUGAACGUCCAGCUCUCCCCGGGCUGCAUUGAGAUCUCCAUCUCAGCAAAUCAGAGCUCUCUGUCCAUCGACGGGCAGAUCACAGCUCAGUGCACGCGGUCGGAAGUGAUUCCCCUCGAGCAGCUCGGCCUCGACUACGAGGAGGAAACUCCAUUCUGUCUGUACUGGGAGCCACUGCUGGACCAGCUGAAGCUGCAGGUCGGAGGGAAGAACCUGACUCUGUGCUGGCCCGCCAGCCUGCAGGGCCCCUGCUGCACCGAUUUGUCUCACGGCCCCAACACACCCGAGGCACCCUACGGCAUCGCCAAUGGCAGAGUCAAAAACGAUGACGUCACGGACAAAAUCAUGACAGCCUACAAGUUCAGCGGACAAACCAUCGACUGCAAAGCAUUAUGUGAUCAAGAAAGCCAGGGAUCCACCCGAGACAACAUGACUAUGUUCCCGGACGUCGGGAAUAUGGAGCAUCCGUGCGCUCGCAGCUUUGAGGUGGACAUGAAGGAGGAUUUCAGAGGCUACAACGUCACGGCGCCUGCCUCCAAAGGUGGACCUGCAGAGUCCAGUACCACCACCGUCCACCUCCCCCGCGCUCUGAAGCAAGCUGCGAAAAAGAACAGCAGAGUCGUCUGCACUUUCUUCAAAAACAACUUCCUGUUCCAGGAGGGUCGCGAGGAGGUGAGGAUUCUUGACGAUGUGGUGGGAAUCAGCGUGGAGAACGAGGUCAUUGCCAAUCUAUCUGAGCCAAUCAGGAUUGACUUUCACCAUGAAAUCAUACCUAAACUGCAUUCAAGGAAAUGCGUGUCGUGGGACACCAGGAAAGAUUCGUUGCUGGUUAAUUGGUUGGUCGACGGAUGCGAGACGCGACAGAAAGGAGCGAAACACACCGAGUGCCUCUGUAACCAUCUGACGUACUUCACCGUGCUGGUGCAGAUGGAGCCUCGCCCAGUGCGCCACCUCCUGGCCCUGACCGCCAUUACAUCUCUGGGCUGCGCCGUGUCUGUGAUCAGCUGUGUCGCUCUCAUUGUUUUCCUCUGCCGGAAGAGGCGCUCGAAGGAGCAGUCCAUACCCAUCCACCUGGGCUUAGCCGUGUCCCUCGGCCUCCUCAACCUGCUCUUCUUCUUCACCGCGGUGCUGGCCAAUGUGGGGGGGGAGAGCGUGUGCGUCUGGGUUGGGGCGGGCCUCCACUACACCCUGCUCAGCUCCUUCACCUGGAUGGGCGUCGAGGUUUUCCACACCUUCUGGUUGGUCCACAUGGUUUUCAGCCCCUCCCCGAAGCCCUACGUGUGGAACCUGGUCGGCUUCGCUCUCCCAGCCGUUCCCGUCAUCAUCCUGGCUGCAGUCGGGGACAUUUACGGACUGAGAGAAGUGGUGCCAAGCGAUGACGUCUCCAAUCCGUAUCUGAUGUGCUGGAUGCAGAACACCCACAAGGCUUUGCUGGCCCACUAUUUCACCAACAUGACAGUCCUGGUGGUCCUGGUGUCCUCGGGCAUCGUGAUGCUCUUCCUGGUCUACAGGGAGAUCCGCACCAGGGACGAAUGGCGGCAGAACCGCGUGGCUUUUCUCAGCAUCUGGGGCCUCAGCUGCCUCUUCGGGACGUCUUGGGGUUUGACCUUCCUGGACUUUGGGUUCCUCUCUGACGUCGUCCUCUUCCUCUCCUGCAUCCUCAACUCUUUCCAAGGUUUCCUUCUGAUGCUGCGGUUCUACAUGCUGGACUGGAUGCGGAAGCAGGCCGGCGGCUCUGCUCUGGGCAGCACCAGCACCGGGUCGACCCGGCAACACAUGCUCCAGGCACCGGAGAAGAGUUAGAUGGCACGGCAACGCUCCAGCACUUAAGCUUUUUAUUUAAAAAAACAAAAACACACCAAACCAAAUACAGUCUUCUCCUUAAAGUCAUGACCAAAUGGAGAAGAACUGUUCGCUGUAGAUUCGCUGUGUCCUCAGCUGGAAGAGAGCGAGCUCUCCGUACAUCCUCUCCCGCCCGCUCCUCCUCAUCCAGUGUCAGGGGCGGAGUCUUCCUCGUGGCUGCAGAUUGCUCACGGAUGGAGAUGAGCUCAACGGAAUCAACGCCUUGCUGGAAGUAUUGUUAUAAUAAUAUUAUAAUAACGCCAUUUGCUAAGCGGUUCAAAAUCGCUGAAAGGGAAGAAGAAGAAAGGGACUUGAUUGCUUGAUUCAUCUUCUCUGGGACAGAAGAGAGGAGACGGUCAGUCAAGAAGCCUCGACUCCAUCCGGUGGGAGGAGGGAACGGAUUUAUUUGAGAUUCUAAAUUAUAAACUGGAUGUAAAGUUGAGCUUUGAAUCCAGGCAGGGAAUCAUUUUGUCUGUAAAGAAGAAUAAAAAAAUACAUUUAUUAUUAUUAUUGAAGCUCUCUUUAAACCUUAGAUAAGCUUUUUAUUUUUUAUUUUUUGUACUUUACUUUUUAGCACUUUAGAUUUUCAAUCUUUUAAAAAAAAUGAAACAAAAAUAGCUCUGAGUUUUAUUUUAUAUGGUUAUUAUUUGCAUACGAGAUGACCUUUAAUUUACAGUGUGUGUGCAUCGAGGGAUGGAUACGAGCUGAAUGUUUUUUAAUAGAUGACUCCAGGAUCACUCCAUUUUUUAGUAUGAUUGUUCCAGGCUAUAUUCAGACCUUGAGUCAAAAAUAAUGAAUGUCAAAAAUAAUAAUUUUCAGGUCUUCAUCUUUGAAUUGGACCAAGCCAGAGUUCAUUUAAACUCUCGUUAUUGAAGAAUGGGGUCCGAUUUAUAAAAUCUGUUUUAUCUUCAUGUACAGUAUAUAUUAUUCUCUUGAAUGUGAUUUUUUUUUUCACGUGAGUUUUUAAGAUACUGUGAUAAUUGCACUUUCUUUUGUAUUUUUCUGAGUUGACAUGUUACGUCCCUCAAAUGAUUGUUUGUGUGUGUGGAUGCAAAAAAAAGAAUAAAUCAAACAUCUUUCGGUUAAAUGUAA